UUGUCCCUCUGUCUCUUUUUCUGUCUCUAUGUCUGUCUGUUUUUCUGUCUGUCUGUCUGUGUGUCUCCACAGUGCCACCUCCUGGAGAAAGCGGGGAUCAUCAAUAAGACCAAAGUAGUGGAUAACGGUAAAAAGAUCAGGAAGAACUGGAGUCAGUCCUGGACCGUCCUCCACGGGGGCAUCCUCACCUUCCACAAAGACCCAAAAUCUGCUCCCACUGGGAACGCUAGUAAAUCGUCACAGAUUGUUCCAGAAUACACCGUGGAGCUGCGGGGAGCAUCGGUGGGCUGGGCCGCCAAGGACAAGUCCUCCAAGAAGAAUGUCCUGGAGCUGAAGACUCGUCAUGGCUGUGAGUAUCUGAUGCAGUACGACAUUGAGAACAUCGUCAGUGAUUGGCACAAAGUGAUGCAGGACACCAUCAGACAGCUGGAACUGGACGAAGAUGACGAGGACGACACUGCUUCAGACAAAGAGGACAAAGACAGGAAGAGGUCGUCAACCAGGAGUUCAUCAGGAUCAGCCGACUCUGAGCAAAGACGAGUUCGGACCAAACUGCGACGCUUCCUGCAGCGGAGGCCGACGCUGCAGAGCGUUAAAGAGAAGGGCUACAUCAGAGAUAACGUGUUCGGCUGUCACCUGGACACCCUCUGUCACCGAGAGAACACCACCAUCCCGAAAUUUGUGGAGAAGUGUAUUAGAGCAGUGGAGAGGAGAGGUCUGGAUGUGGACGGGAUCUACAGAGUCAGCGGAAACCUGGCAGUGAUCCAGAAACUACGACACAAAGCUGAUCAUGAGGAGCAGCUGGACCUGGAGGACGGACAGUGGGAGGAGAUCCACGUGAUCACCGGAGCACUGAAGCUCUUCCUGCGGGAGCUUCCAGAGCCGCUUUACCCCUUCAGCUGCUUCGACAAGUUCAUCGCCGCGAUCCGUCAGUGUGACACGCAACAUCUACAUCACACACAACGUCAUGUGACA